UUAGAUCCCUACAUUUUUACCUUCAGUUCCGGCGAUCUCAGAAAUGGCGAACCGCACGGUAAAAGACGCUAAAUCCAUUCGCGGGACAAAUCCACAGUAUUUAGUGGAAAAAAUCAUAAGAUCUCGUAUAUACGAUUCGAAAUAUUGGAAAGAAGAAUGUUUUGCAUUAACAGCAGAACUCCUCGUCGACAAAGCCAUGGAAUUGAGAUUCAUUGGAGGCGUAUUUGGAGGUAAUGUAAAACCAACACCAUUUCUUUGUCUUAUACUAAAGAUGUUACAAAUUCAACCUGAAAAAGACAUCAUAGUGGAAUUCAUAAAGAAUGAGGAAUUUAAGUACGUCAGAGCACUUGGGGCAUUGUACAUGAGGCUAACAGGAACGUCUUUGGAUUGUUACAAAUACCUGGAACCAUUGUUUAAUGAUAAUAGAAAACUAAGAAGGCAAAAUAAACAAGGUCAAUUUGAAUUGGUUCACAUGGAUGAGUUCAUCGAUGAACUUCUAAGAGAAGAAAGAUCAUGUGACGUGAUAUUACCAAGGAUACAAAAGCGUCAUGUUUUAGAAGAAAAUAAUGAAUUAGAAGCUAAAGUCUCAGCAUUGGAGGAUGAUAUGGAUGAGGGAAUGGAGUCUUCAGAAGAUGAAGAAAUCCCACCAAUUAAAGAGGAUAUACGUAAACGACCUGAUGAUUAUGAAAGGGAAAGGGAACGUCACAGAGACCGUGAAAAGAGACAUUCUCGCUCCGAAAAGAAAUCCGACAGAGAAAAACAAAGAUCUAGAAGCCGAGAUCGUGACAGAGACAGGCGAGAUAGGAAACGUAGUAAAUCACCAAAAAUACAUUCGUCCUCCCACAAAGACAAAGACAGGGAUAAGGAUCGACAUCGUAGAGAUGACCGCGAUAGAGAUCGAGACAGAGAUCGUGAUCGAAGACGAGACCGUGACAGAGCGCGGUAUUGAACCCUGUAUUCAAUUUUAUGGGCCCUGAAAAUGAUAUUCCAGAAUUUUUCCGUUUAAUGUAAAUUGUGUAAAAAAAAUAAAAUUGUAUGAGAAUUA